CUCUAAACUUAUAUUUCAUAUUGCAUAGUUAAAAAUUAGGUGGAGAAUUUGAGAUGAAAAAUAUUCCAUCUAUAAAGUUUAAAAAACUUUUCAUCAAUGGAGAAUUUGUAGACUCAAUUUCAGGAAAAACUUUUGAAACUGUUGAUCCAAGAACAGAAGAAGUGAUUACAGAAAUUGCUGAAGCUACCAAAGAAGAUGUUGAUAUUGCUGUCAAAGCUGCACGCCAUGCGUUCGAUAAUGGUCCGUGGCCACGCAUGCCUGGUGCUGAGAGAGCAAAGAUUAUGGUGAAAUGGGCGACGCUGAUCGAACAAAACAUAGAAGAAGUUGCAGCGUUGGAUACGAUUGAUGGAGGGAAGUUGUAUAGUUGGUGUAAGGAUGUUGAUGUACCUGAAGCGGCUAAUGUCUUGCGAUACUAUGCUGGUGCUGCUGAUAAGAUUCAUGGAGAAGUGUUCAAAACUUCGAGGAAUCUUCAUUUGUAUACUUUGAUGGAACCUAUUGGUGUUGUUGGACAUAUUAUACCUUGGAAUUUUCCGACUGGUAUGUUCUUUGUUAAAGUUGCUCCUUCUUUGGCUGCUGGUUGUACUAUGGUUCUUAAACCGGCUGAACAAACACCUCUCUCUGCUUUGUUUUACGCUCAUCUCGCUAAAGAGGCUGGAAUUCCGGAUGGAGUACUCAAUGUAGUACCUGGAUUUGGCGCAACUGCAGGAGCUGCAAUUAGCUCACAUAUGGACAUUGAUGCAGUCAGUUUUACUGGUUCAACCGAAACAGGUCGUCGCGUAAUGCAGGCGGCCGCGUUGAGCAAUCUGAAGCCGGUGUCGCUUGAGUUAGGAGGCAAGUCACCUGUCAUAGUUUUUGAUGAUGCUGAUGUAGAUAAAGCUGUUGAUCUUGCUCUAUUUGGAAUACUUCAUAAUAAGGGUGAAGUGUGCGUAGCAUUCUCAAGAGUUUUUGUUCAAGAGGGAAUUUAUGAUGAGUUUGAGAAGAAAGUGGUGGAAAAGGUGAAAAAUUGGGUAGUUGGUGACCCUUUUGAUCCUCAAGUUCAACAAGGACCCCAAACUAGUAAAGUGCAAUUUGAUAAAAUUCUUUCCUAUAUUGAGCAUGGAAAGAAUGAAGGAGCCACACUAUUAACUGGUGGUAGGAAAGUGGGAAACAAAGGAUACUACAUUGAGCCUACUAUUUUUACCAAUGUCAAGGAUGAUAUGCUAAUAGCACAAGAUGAAAUAUUUGGACCUGUUAUGACACUUUCUAAGUUCAAGACCAUUGAUGAAGCAAUUAAGAAGGCCAACAAUACAAAAUAUGGCCUAGCAGCAGGGAUUGUGACUCAAAACUUGGACAUUGCCAAUACUGUCUCAAGGUCAAUUCGUGCAGGCAUCAUUUGGAUCAAUUGCUUCUUUGCCUUUGAUAUUGACUGCCCUUUUGGAGGGUAUAAAAUGAGUGGAUUUGGAAGAGAUUAUGGAUUGGAAGCACUUCACAAAUAUCUUCAAGUCAAAUCUGUUGCAACUCCUAUUUACAAUUCUCCAUGGCUUUGAAACCUUCAUUAUGACUACAUUAUUAGGAUCAUCUACUUGAGUGCUUUUUUUGGUUGGAAUAAUUCCAAAUAAUGAUCAAUACACUUUUGAGUUUGUAUUUUGUAUCACAAAGAAGAAUAGUGAAGAAAAUUCUCAAUUCUUUUAGCAAAAAUUAUUGAAUACUCUAUUUCAAACCAAUUGGCCUUAAUAUAUAUUUGACUUUUCAAUAAAUAUAUGU